UUAACUUUACGAAGGGAUGAAUUUGACGUUUGUUCUUGUGAACUUACCAACUAACUUCGUAGCCCGAAUUUUGGUCCUCAACGAAGUAUUUUCUUUUCUUUACAUCAAUUAACUGAUCAAUCAUGUCUGACGCCGCUGCACCCGCCGCACCCGCUCCCGCUGCUCCCAAAGCUAAGAAAGUAAAAAAGGUGAAGAAAGCUUCGAGCCAUCCUCCCUACAUUGAUAUGAUUAAGGAAGCCAUUGUGAAGAGCGGAGAAAGAAAGGGUCUCUCUCGUCAAGGGAUCGUUAAACACAUUGGAGCCAACCACAGUGUAAAUACCCAAGAUAAUGUCCUCCUGAAACAAAUUAAUUUGGCGCUUAGGAGAGGUGUCAUCAACAAUGUUCUGAAACAGCUGAAAGGAGUUGGAGCUUCUGGUUCUUUUAAACUUGCCCCUGGUAAAAAAGAAGAGGCCAAGAAGAAGAAGAAACCGGCAUCAGCUAAACCAAAAGUGAAGAAACCUAAGACAGCCGCUAAGAAAAGUGGCGCUAAGAAAGCCAAGAAAAGCCCAGCAAAGAAGGCAGCUAAGAAAUCAGCCGCUAAGAAACCGGCUAAGAAAGCUGCUAAGAAACCCGUUAAGAAACCCGCUAAGAAACCCGCCGUUAAGAAAACUGCCGCCAAGAAGAAGCCUGCCAAGAAGGGUGCAGCCAAGAAAAAGUAAACGAACUUUACAACAACAAAAAAAGACUUUAUUACAGACUUGUAAAUAUCCAAUU